AUGGAUGACGCUGACGCUGACGACGCGGCAUACGCUCUACCUACAUCAGUAGUAGAACAAGAUGAAUCUAUCAAUACUCGUCAACAUCAGCACAAAAUUUCGAGUGAAAUAGCCGCGAAUCAGCUUCAGGAUAAAGCUUUCAACGUGUCACUUAUGGCUCAUAGAAUAUCCAAGACGAUACUGGAUGGAGCGUCCUCUAGGGCUACUAAUAACAAGGAAAAGGAGAAUGAUAGAGUAAAUGAUAUUGAUAAAGAUCAGGAGCGGAAGGUGGAGAAAGAUACGCUGUCAUUGAAUGAGGAGAGACGCUGCACUUUAUCUCCAUCUAAGGCAGCGUUAUUUCAAUUGCAAGAAGAGGCAUUGGAUAUGGCCAUUUCAAGACGAGAUACAGUGAGUCCAGAGGCUCUAAAGGCUUUAUUACGUACUGAAGAAGACGAGGGUGAGCAAAAUCGAGAGGAGAAGAAGAAGCAGAAAAGCAGUUUACUUGUGAUCCGAAACAAUCUCGAGACAUCGGAAUUGCAGCAUUUAACAGAGAAGGAGAAGGAAGAAAAUGAGGACAAUGUAGCAAGUGAACUGACUGCAACGUCGGCAAGUAGAUGGAAAAGUCUUAGUGACGAUGUACAGGAUGCACCUGCAAGGUCCACUAGGUCCAAGACGACAUUAGCUAGUAAGCGUCCAAGGUCGGCAACAAAAAAGAUGUGCUCACCUAAUCAGAGUAUGGCAGAACGCAGGAAGGGCACGUCGAUGGUUGACACGAGUGACAGCUUGACGAACUUGAUGUUUGCCCCGAAUUUGCUUGAGCAAGACGCGGUGAGGAGAACAACACUGGAUCCGAACGAGGCAGCAGCCGUGGUUACAGCCUUGCAAAAAGAAAUGAGGUGUCUGAGUAGCUCAACGCUGGAGACGGAAGGCGCACUAAAUAAUGAAAGUUAUCAUUUAGAGCAGAGAAAAUCGUCAAAGGUAAAGGCAUCGACUCCGUCACGACUUAAUAACGACAAGAAGGUGUCAACAUUAUCGAAGGAGAGCAACACUUCUCCAGAUAAGUAUAGAGGGAAGAAAUCUCCGAGUCUUUCACGUAGGAAAUCGUCGUCGCCGGUGAAAGCGGCUGACGGCAGGAAGUCGCCAUCACCAGCGAAAAAAGGCAAAGGCACAGGAUUAUUCGAUCAAACACAGAGCAACUCUAUGCGACGGACAACUGUUGAGCCGAGUGAUGCAUUGGUUGUGCUGGAAGACAUUCUGCAGCUUGAUCGAAAGGGAGAUCGUCGACAAACAAUUGACGAGAACGGUUUAUUCGAGCUAACGAAUGCGCAGGAGUCUUUUCCUGCGGUAGCCACGGACCCAGCAAAUGAAUUGUCACGAAAGCGCGCUAGUGACUUGGAUGCUUCUAAAGACGUCCCCGAGAAACGUGUGCGACCUACUAAUGACGAUCGUACCAUAGAGUCUAUGGAAUUAGACUCAUCUCUUCAUGCAGGGUCCAAGCUAAGUUUCCAGGCUGAAGACCAGCACAAAAGAAGCAGCAGCAGCAAUCAGAGAUAUCCUGACGAGCUCCCACUAUCUCGAGAUCCGAAGCUUUCCCUGCUUUCACCUCCUCGAAGAGGUCCGAAGACCAGGACUCCACUAAAAGGAAUUUUGAGCGCACGCAAGUUGCCGCAAAACAAUGCUACCCACCCUGUACAGACAACGCCAAAUAAAUCUGUUAAUUUUGGCCCGUCACAAGGUGCCGAGUUCAACCAUGGAUCGCCUUCUACGUCAAUGACUCCCAUGUUAGCUAAGGAUGCUUCGCGGCUUUUUCCAUUGGAAUCGCCGGCGUCACCAGAGGAAGAAUCCGAUGACGCAGAAACAUCGUUGAACACGUCUAUUCUUGACAAGGCUGACUCACUUGAUGAGGACGAAGAGCCGAUGAAAGCCAGUGUUUUGAAGGUCACAAAACUCAAGAAGCCAGGUUUUGAUUUGCUGCAAUCACGGAGAAAUAGUUUUUUGGCGCAGAACUCGACGGAGAAAAGUCGUCGUCGGCAUAGUAUGCGAGGCUACAGUCCACUUGAUUCUCAGACUGUAGCUCGGCGUCGCAGGCGUGAGACCAUUAAUGUUACCCGUCACACGUCGAAUUCGGUGUCUGCAACAGCAACAUCAUCUACUGCAAACGAUAGCGCAACUACCGCCUCUCGUUCUCCGUCUGUAAAGAGCAACAAUUCCUUGUUUCGGACAACAAACAUUCUUGAGACAGGCGGCAUGUCUUACGUAGACUCGUCAGCAUCUUCGGAAGCCGGAGAGGACAUGGAGAUCACGGAUGAUUAUUCACACAUAUUAGGACGCGAAAACGACGCCACGGAACAGCAAUCAGCGUUAUCUGCGGGUCAGCUUUGUGAUGAAGAUACUGCAGAGUUCAGUUUAGGUCAUCUUCUUGCGGAAUCGUCCGUGUAUGAGCUAACUAAAUCGGUACAAGAUCGUGAUCAUCACGAUCUUCCUGGAUCAUUGGGUGACUUAGCCAACGAGGUUGAGGCCUCAGGUGAGGGAAAUUUGGCGGGUGGCGCCUUCCUCAGGUUUAACGAUCAAGACGCCACUCUGGACCCGAUUGAAGAAAAGGACGAAACCAUGACUUCUUCUCGAGGCCAGAGUAUGAUGAGCCUUGAUCCUGACGAGAACGAUGAAGAGGAUACUGUUAACCUUGACUCUCUCAAGGUUAAUCUGAAAAGCAAGUUUGACCGAGUUAGCACUGAUGCUGGAGCCAAUUCCCAGCGUCCAGUGUCUUCCGAGGCUCUUUCUGUUCAGUUGGUUACAAUGCAUGAGCUUCUUGAAUCCGUUGCUUUGAAUGAACAGAACGCAUUAGUGGAAAUGAACGAUGCGUUUUUUGGAGAGGAGGUUUAUUCAUCCGACAAUCAGAUAUCAAAGAAUGUGAAGCUUGCUUGCGCGUAUGAUAGAUGCUCGAAGGUGGUCGAACAUUGUGCCCAAGAUAUGUCUACAUGGUCUAAAGCUGUGAGUGAAGAGCUGUCAUCGUUGCUUGAGAUGAAAGCCCCAGCAGUUUUUAGUCCGGGAAACUUAGAUGAUGUAGGUCGAGAAGCGAUACAAGAGCUGUAUGCAACCGAAACGAUGGUGGCUCAAACUGGCUGGUGUCAGCUACAGGCACAGGUGGAGAAACAACUCGCCAGUACCUUGUCCGUUGGUGCGGAUAUGUUGGCAAGCGAUGUGAAGUCGCUGAAAGACUAUGUGUCUGCUGGCGCCUUGAAGCGUCGAAAUGAGCUGGCUGCUGUAAAAGAGAUGAUUGAUCGUGAGGAACAAUUGGCUCUUCUUUUGGACGCAAUUGAGGAACAACAAGGUGCUCAUGACGAUUACGCGACUGCCGUAAAAGAUCUAGAAAAGGAGUGCUCGUCACUGUCGCUAGAGGAGUCGGUGUUACAAAGUCGAUUGAAGGUUCUUGAGGGACGAGCGGCAGAACUGGAGCCGGUGACUUCGGAAGCAGCGCUCCUUUUCGAACAGGAGGUACUAGCGACAGAGGAAAUGCUUGUGAUCCAGGAAAGCAUGAGCGCGUGGAAGAUUCGCGAGGCGACAGCUUCAGUUCUUCGAUUGAGUGCUCGGUUCGAAGACGUGUUGUUUGAUGUAGAGCUUUGUGUGGAUGUACAUAUGGGGUCGUCUGUGACUGCUGGAACAUCUGCGUUGAUCAAAACAAACGAAUUUCUCAAACACAAAGAGCAAAGUAUGUACCUUCCAUAUGAAAGCGACGUUGUUCUGGUGCUUCAGCGACUGCUACUGGAUCCUCACUACAUUUCUCAAAUUGCUGACGAUUCUGUUUUUGGAGACAAAAACUAUGGACACAUGUUGUCAAAGCUGCAAGUCCUGGAACAUUUCAUUAACCGAUCUUUCCGUUUAUUAAAGGAGCUGCGUGAGCUAUCGACCCGCUUUAGUAUGCGCUAUAAUGAAGAGGAAAGCACGCUUUGGGUUGACUUCCUCAAGUUCCUGUCUGCAGCUUCUCAUAUUGACGUCGAGUGUAUCCAGUUCAGCGUCGGAUUCUCUCUUCUUCCUGUAUACCCAUAUACCGACUACCAAACAGCAGUGCAGGUGUCACACGGCCAGGUGUCGGGCGAUGCUAUCGCAAGUGUGAUUGAGCUGGUCUCAAGACAGGAACCAAAGUACUUUACGCGCGUUUGCAAGCAACUUUACGAAAGUUUUGUACGGUAG